AGGGAUGUAAAUGAAGCAGACAUGUAAGAUUGGUCCAACUGUGACAUGAUAAAGGGUUUAAUGGAGAGGUGUUGUCCAGGACUUGUAGAAGGAGAAGGGGCCGACCCCAGUCUUACACAAGCUAGCAACAAUAUAGACAGACAACUUCAGGAAUGGAAGAGACAACGACAGAAAGAAGUCCAUUUGCUCCUUCUUGGUCCAGGAGAAAGUGGUAAAAGUACCAUCCUGAAACAAAUGAGGAUUUUACACAACAGCGGCUACAAUGAUAACGAGCGACAACAGUACAAGGUUGUAGUGCACAGGAAUAUAGUUGACUGUAUGUGUGCCAUUCUAACUGCAAUGGAGAACAUGGGCAUGCCUUUCAACGAUUCUAAUAGAAUAUCAGUCGAUUGUUUGAAAUUAAGGGAACUUCACAAGAAGUUGAAGAAAGAUGCGGACUGUAUCACAUAUUUGAAACCUUGUAACGCCUUCCAAACGCACUUGACUCCGGAAUAUGGGAUGUGUGUUAAAAGGCUGUGGGAAGACAGGGGAGUGCAGAAAGCAUACGAUAUGAGAGCAGAUUAUCAGAUCUAUGAUUGUGCACAAUAUUUUUUUGAUAACAUAGAGAGGAUAACAGAGCGAAACUACCUGCCCACUAUAGACGACAUUCUCUGUACUCGGCUGGAGACCACCAAGAUAGUAGAAGCAAAGUUUAACUACAAAACCCUUAGUUUCAAAAUGUACGAUGUAGGAGGACAGAGAACGCAGCGGAGUAAGUGGAUACAUUGUUUUGACGAUGUAACUGCUAUCAUCUUCAUCAUCGCUCUCAGCGAGUAUAACCUCAGACUUGCUGAGGACAAUAAGACAAACCGUAUGAAGGAAAGUAUGUUACUAUUCAGCAGCAUAUGUAACAUGAAGUAUUUCACUACUACACCGUUUAUUCUGUUUCUCAACAAAACUGACAUCUUCCAGCGGAAAAUAGAACACGUUCCAAUUACCGUAGCAUUCCCCGAAUAUAGCGGUCCCAACGAUUAUGACACCUGCAAACAGUACAUCCAAGAUCAGCUCGUCGCUCUGAACAAGAACCCCGAGAAAAGCAUAUUCCCUCACUUCACAAAUGCUACUGACACAAACAACAUAAAGUUUGUGUUCGACGCUGUGGUGGAGAUAUUUUUAGAACACAAUCUGAAGAGUGCGGGCCUGGUAUGAAGAUGAUGUCACAUGUCACAUGUCACGUGACAUCAUGUACAUGGUUGAUAGUUAUAAUCACCUGAUUGUUGAGGUUUUACGUGGAUGUGCAGCUUGUAUAGUGUUUACUACGUGUAUCAUCACGGUAACACCACAAGGAGAAAGCCUACUUAUUUAAUCCAAGGGAAUCUGUCAGUAUAAAACCACACCGUCCAAUUCAACCCAUUCACCUUAUAUGGCACUGUUAUCUCCAUGGUAACCUACUUCUGAAAUGGUUGUGAAAGCUGCUCAUUUACACACGAUCCUUUGUAUGGUACAGGAAGCUGCUAAACACGAAAAAAGAAAAGUUCAUUUUGUCAUUAAGGUCAAUUAUCUGCAAUUUCAUAACAAAAAACUGUUAUUUUGAAAAUAUACUGUGUUGAUCAUUCUGCAAUUAGAGCUGAUAAUUCUUCAUACGAUGUGAAGAAGUUGAAUAAAUAGUUUUCUUUUAGUUUCAAUACUACUUAUUUUACUUACAAAACUAUCUAAUCAUGUAUAUUUUAGUGUAAAAUUCAUUUUUUUUCAGCAAUUUAUUAUUCCAUUAGAUAUAGAGUGCAAUACUACGCUAGUUUUGAGGGAAAGAUAUGAGAUCUUCUAUCACCAUGGUAACACCAUGUAUCACCAUGGUGUUUCCACGGCAUCACCAUGAUGAUGGUGUUGAUAUUGAGCAUUACUACGUUAGUUUUGAGGGAAAGAACUUGGUUACAUGUAAACAGGAUUAUAAACAGGUUUAUGAAUACACUUAGGAACUAGUUCAUAAACAUAAACAUGUUUAUGAACAUCUUUACAACUAUUUUCUUGAGUAUGUUUAUUGACACGUUUAUAAAUACGUUUAUAAAUAUGUUUAAAAUCUCGCUGAUCUGACUAUACUGCUGUUUUCCGCUGGCUCGCCAUGAUAUUGAUUUUAAGGAUUAAAUAUUGCUAUAUGUCAUUAUUACUAGUAUUUAACCAGGUGUACGCCAUGAAAUAUUUAAAACUUGCAAUUAUUGAAAUCCUGACAAGCCUCAUCUCAAUCUCCCGAUCACAACAACAACUGACCGGUUUUCAUGAAGCACUACUAAACAAGACUUAAAAAAUGAUCCCAGUACAAUAUCACAUUGUUAAAUAUAAGCCACACAACACACAGCACUAAACAGUAAAGCUUACAAGCAAGCCCUCCCAUCUCAAACCUCUAAGUAACGGUAGAUACCUUGUUUAACGGCUCAUCCCUUUAGUCUGACAUAAUAGUGUUCCAUUAAUUAACUUAACAUUCUAACAAGAGCCCAUUUCUUUAAUAUAACAAUGUAACAGCUUUAAUAUAACUAUAAGAUGCAGGGUACACGGUGUUCAGGGAUUAUCUGUAAUCUGUGAUAUUAAUUGUUUUAUUGAAACCAUUUUGCCCGAUAUUUUAUGUACAAUAUAUUCAAAUAUUUCGAAUUAACUUUGAGACUAA